AUGAGGCCUUCUCCGACAGGGAGCUGUAUAGUGGUCGUCGGCGCCGACGACGCCGACAGCCGCAAGCGCCGGCGCGAGGAGGCCGAAGGUGAUGGUGGAGAAGAUAUCGACUCUUCUUAUACUGUGACGAGUACACCAGUUUUACGAGUUGAAACCAUACAUGUCUGCUCGGCGAUUCUUGCUGCAAAAAGUAACUUCUUUCGCAUGCUUUUCUCAAAUGGCAUGAAGGAGUCUGGCCAUAGACAGGCAACAGUUACAAUUGCUGACUCAGAGUACGAAGCCUUCCUGGAGCUUUUACACUUUAUUUAUAGUGGAAAGCUGACACCAACUGAACCCAUUCUUCUGGUUGAUAUCCUGCUGGCUGCUGAUAAAUUUGAGGCUGCUUCUUGCAUUAAGCUUUGCGGUCAACGGCUCAUAGACCUGCCUAUGACUCUAGAAUCUGCAGUAAUGUGCCUAGAUCUCCCAUGUUCCAUUUCAAUGGCGCCUGCCCUGGCAGAGGCGGCCAAGAAAUUCCUUGCUAAAAGAUACGAUAAAUUCCUGUCGACAGAGUUUCAGGAUGAACUGAUGACGGUAUCUCUCACUGGGAUUGUAGCCAUUUUAUCAAGGAAUCACCCCGGGGUUGCAUCUGAAGAGGCCGUCUAUGACUUUGUGCUCAGGUGGGCCCGCUUUCAGUAUCCAAAUUCAGAAGAAAGGCACAAGAUUUUGAGUUCAAGUUUACUUCCACUGGUGCCAGUGGUGCGCAGCAUGACCAAUGGCAUCCUGAUUGACCAGCCGUCCUGCAUAGUUGACUUUACUCUAAGUCGCAGGCAAUGCUCCGGCCUCUUCCCAUCGGGAUCGAUACGCUCCCCGCCGUUCUGUUGUGCGGGGCAUGGUUUCUUCCUCUCGGCGCACGGUCGAAUGGGGCUGUCCAACUGUUUUAGCCUCUUGAUAGAGAAGCUAGAAGGCAAGGGGCCAGUAAGAGGGACAAUAGAUUAUGAGAUUGAAGCAAAGACAAGACCGUCGCUGGAGUUUCUCUUCUCGUGGAGGCGCACCACCACCACCGAUAGUAGACAGGCUUUGGGCUGCAGGAUUCCUUGGCCAUCCAUCAUUGCUGACAACAGCCGUUUCUUCGUCGACGACAAACUCCAUCUGCGAGUUCAUGUGAAGAUAACGCCGCAGCCGUAG